AUGUGUUUGUUUUGGACAUCUAGCAGUCCGGCUUCUAGCAUGCGGCUAAAAACCGCAUUGGCUGCGGCCUGUCUGCUCUUGUCCGCAUUCUCCAAUUGCUCCAUCCUUACACCUCCCGUGUUGCCAUUGCUUGUUCGGAAUCCGUAUCUGAGCACUUGGCUGGGUAAUGCUCGUGAGGUACCAUGGAGCAAAUGGCCCAUGUUCUGGACAGGCCAGGAAAUUGGGUUUUCUGUUCUCGCUUCAGUUCCAGAGUCUUCUCAGGUCUAUCCACUACUAGGUCGGCCACAAGAUUCUCUGCUUCCUGUUCAGCAAGGAGAUGGAUACAAUGUUUCGUUUCCAACCUAUCUUGGUGCCAAGUACGAUGCCUCCACCACAAACCUGUCCUACUCUAUCCCAUCCCCAAAUUCUUCUUCGAAGCCGGCGAAGCUUGUUCUCUCCUUUCUCUCCCCCAUCACACCUUCCUCAACCCUGAGACAAUCCCUACCAGCUGCGUACAUUACCGUCUUUGUGGAAGGUACCUUCAACGUUAACAUAUAUAUCGAUGUCAAUGGCCAGUGGGUCAGUGGUGACCGUGGCAGCCAAAUUGCGUGGGAGCUUUCACAGUCCAGCUUCGGUCAAGGAAAGCCUGGAUUGAAGACAUGGGCAUUCCAUAGACAGACAGAGCUACUCUUCACGGAGUAUCUUGAUAGGGCUGAGUGGGGGACAGCACAUUUCUCGGCACCUGCGGACGUUCGCCACGAUUCUGGAACGUCUGCUUUGCUAAGGCAACGAUUUUCCAGAACAGGCACUCUUCAGAAUGAGAAUGACAAUAAUUUCAGAAGUAUUAUGGACGAUGAACCAGUAUUCGCCUUCUCAAAGUCUUUCAUAUUAAACAAUACCUCUAUCGGUUUGCAAUCCACCGACAGCGUCACGUUCACCAUGGCGCACACGCAGGACCCUGCCGUACAAUUUGCGGCUGCUCGAGGUCUCACUCUUAUGCGACCGCUUUGGGCAAGCUCUUUCUCAACUGAGCAGCUGUUGAUAUUUCACUACCUCGACUUUGAAACUGCAAGUACUUUGGCGUACAACUAUUCAGCUCAGCUCGCGAUUGAUGCGUAUCAAUCAGGUGCGGCAGACUACGUGGAUAUUGUUGCCCUUUCUGCGAGACAGGUCAUGGGGUCCACCAGUUUUACUGGCACUCCGGAUGAUCCAAUCAUCUUCAUGAAAGAGAUCUCCUCGGACGGUAACACUCAGACUAUCGACGUACUCUUCCCAAGCUUUCCUUUCUUCCUGUAUUCCAACCCCAAAUGGUUUGCUUACCUGCUUGAACCACUCAUCGAGCAUACGCUUAGCGGACAGUAUCCCAACAAAUAUGCCAUGCAUGAUCUUGGCGCGUCUUUUCCCAAUGCUACAGGGCAUCCUGACGGGCGCGAUGAAUAUAUGCCUGUGGAAGAAUGCGGCAAUAUUCUUAUCAUGGGGCUCGCGCUUGUGAACUCUUUCCGCUACAAGGACAAACAUGCUGGAGGCAGCCUCCACUUGUUUGACGACCCUUCAGAAGAAACUGCGCCAAGCUUGGACGGUCCAAAAGCCUUCACUUUGCAGUUUAAAGGGGGUUCCGCUGUGAAGUACCUCGACACCGAAGAAUCAGACCUAGAAGGCAUGAGAAUUACCAAGAAAUGGGUCAAUCGAAGUUAUGGUCUCUGGAAGCAGUGGACUGGAUAUUUAGUGGACUACUCCCUUGAGCCUGAGAACCAACUCUCAACGGAUGACUUCGCCGGCUGGCUUCCUCUGCAGACCAAUCUGGCCUUGAAGGGCAUUAUCGGCAUUCAUGCGAUGUCGAAGCUGGCAGAAAUCGUUGGGAAUGAUGCUGACGCAAAGAUGUAUCGGAACAUAUCGAAGUCAUACAUUGCCAGGUGGGAGGAAACGGGUCUUUCGCGUGAUAAAACCCAUGCCAAAGUCGCCUACGAUUGGUAUGGGUCCUGGACAACUCUGUACAACCUCUACGCAGACAGUCUACUUUGCUUCCGCGUCGAGCCGGAAAAACCAAAGGACACUAACUUUGAUCUUGGGCCCCCACACAAGCAAAAGCCAAUGAAGCCUCCGCAAGACGAUGAGCAAAUCGCUUUUGUGCCCAAGCACGUAUACAAACUUCAGUCAGACUGGUAUUACAACGUGCGGCAGAAGUAUGGGCUGCCUCUCGAUUCGAGGCAUCUGUAUACUAAGACUGAUUGGGAGUUCUUUGCCAUGGCCGUGUCAGCACGCACCGUUCGAGAACCAAUCUUACAGUCUGUGGCCAGAUGGGUCAAUGAGACAGUGACAGAUAGACCGUUGACAGAUUUGCAUAUGACUGAAGGACGAGGAGAGUUUCCUGGACCCAAUUUUUUCGCCCGGCCAGUGGUUGGUGGUCAUUUUGCUUUCCUGGCACUUGAGAGAGCAUGUGGUGGCAAAGCGGUAGAUGGCCUGAAAUUUCUGGAUGAGACGCCUGAUUCAGUUCCUCUACUAGAUGUGCAGGGGCUGCUGAGAAUCGACGCUUUGGAAGGUUUAGAGGUUGAUGCCUGGGAAGACCUGUGA